UUUCUUCGAACCAUUCAACAACAUGCAUCUUUCUUCUAAUUCUAACUGGUUUCUCCUUUCAUUUCUUUAAUUUAUUUUACAAAUGAUAUUAUAAUUUGAUUAACGAUUUUCCCCUUAUAUUAUUCUAAGUGUUGUAUGAUUUGCUGGUUUCUUUUAAGUUACUUUGAUUUUAAAGAUUUGACCUUUAUCACCUUUCCAGACAAUGGCCAAAGACGAUAAACGAAGACGCUGCGAGGAGGUGAAUAAAGAUAUGAUUAGUAGCUUGCCUAAUGUGAUAAUUGGUCAUAUACUCUCGUUUCUUCCUACUAAAGAUGCUGUUUCUACCUGCAUUCUGUCCAAAAGUUGGAGAGAACUCUGGAAAUCACUUUCCAAUUUUGAUUUUGAUGAUCGCACAUGGAAAAGUAAGAUCAUCUUUGGGAAUUUCAUGGAUAGGUUCUUUUAUGUUCAUAACUCGCGUGAAAACUCCAUUACAAAACUUCGUCUCCGCGUACAUGGAAACUAUCCUUCUUCCCGUUUAAGUCAAUGGAUUGAUGCAGCGAUUAAGGACAAUAUUGAGGAGCUUAUACUUUGGAUACCCCUAUUUACUCAUGUUCCGUUGCCUCAGAGACUUUUUAGUUGUGAGAAAUUAGUGGUUUUGAACCUUAGUUAUGGAAUUGCUAUUGAUCUUCUUGGUGUUGGUGUGCGCUUUGCAUGUCUCAAGGUCCUUCAUCUUGAAGGACUCCCGAUGCUUGACGAUCUUGCUUCCAUAGAGAAACUAUUAGCAGGUUCCCCAGUCCUUGAAGAACUGAAAAUCGAACAUGUAGAUUGUCGAUCCAGGAACGCUUUACGUGUAUGCUCAAGCUCACUGAAACGCUUGACCAUAAGAUUCACGCGUAUUCGUUAUGACAGGAAGGAUCCUGGUUGCAGAGCACUCACUCUUGAUACCCCAAACCUAGAGCUUCUUAUACUAACUGAUUUCGUGUCCGAGGAGUUAAACAUGCAGCAACUUCCGUGCUCACUGUUCGAGGCAUCCAUCAGUGUUGCUUUUACACAUUACUUCAUCGUACGACUAGAUAGCUAUAUUGACAUGGCGGUUCAGUUCUUGAGACUGAUCAUGCCUAUUGUCAGGACCUUACGCUUGUGUGGGACUACUAUGAGGAUUUUAUCAAACGCGGUUCGUAAGAAGUUGCCUUGCUUCGAAGAUCUGCCUUAUUUUGGUAACUUGACUCGUUUGGAGAUUGAAGCUAGUGGAGAUUGUCGUUGGAUGGUUUUGCAUGGGAUACUCAAAUGCUCUGUUAAGCUGGAAGUCUUCAUCAUAUACAAGGACAAGGCUUUCACAGUUCAGGCAAAGGAUCCUCCCAAAUGGCAAAGUCUUGCAUACCUUAAUUCUUCGGUAAUUCCCAAAUGGCGAAAUCCUGAAUUCGCGCCUCGGUGCAUGAGGUCAAGCCUUAAAGUAAUUGAGUGUGUAGAUUUUGAAUGGGAUUUCUCGGAGAUAGAAAUGGCGGAAUAUUUCAUAAAGAAUGCACUGGUCUUGGAGAAGAUGGCUAUCAGAUUUGGAUGGGGCAUGACUCAUAAUUCAAAAGAACGUGUUGCCAAGAGGCUGUCAGGGUAUGAAAGAGGCUCCAAAGCAUGUCAAAUUACAUUUUCAUCACCUUGA